AUGCAACUCCCCCAUGAACGAGCGAGCACAUGCAGCAAAGAAGAGAACUCCUCUGCGAAAGCGACGGUCAAUUAUGCUGCGACUGAUGCGAUGACCGGGGAAUAUGGAUCCGAGGCCUCGCAAGAUGCGAAUGAUAGUGCUUCCGAUAGCCCUACAAAGACUGUAGACACGAAGACCCUCGAGGUUGUCACAAGCAAAGAUGAUAUCCCACUUAACGAUGAUACAAAAGAGCGAAGACCACCACUACCCCCUAGACCAUCACUUCUCCACAUAGCAGAACGACCAAAGACUCCAGGAGGUCCAAAGCGACCGGCUUUACAGUCCAAACCUACCACGGCAUUGACACCAGUCGACAUACAGACAUUAGCGUUUCCCGAUGGCACAAGAGGCACUUUCUCUACACCAAUUAGUAGAUCAGUAUCCGGAGCAGUACCAGGACACGGUACUGGGUCAUCAGUUUCUUCAACAAGCCAAAAUGUCAGCCGGGGAGGAAGCGACAACGAUGAUAAUGCCAGCCUUAUGAGUUGUGCGCCAACCUUGAAGGCAAAUGGGGAUCUCGCAAGUCUACUUGACGAUGGACUCAAUGCGCAAAGUCCGGCAUGGAUAUUGUUGAAUUCGCAAGCAGAUCAUGGGCAAUCGAUUGAUGAGACAGUGGAGUUUGAGGAUAACUCUCUUGCAAAUUUCGACCGUGAAUUCGAUGAAAUAGAGGAAGUCGAUAGCAAGGGUGGAAACGAGGAGGAAUUACUCAUACAAUGGAAGUCAAAACUCAAGCAUUACUUGAUCCUUUCUUCCGCCGGAAAACCUAUAUACAGUCGACAUGGAGAUCAAAAUCUUAUCAAUGGCUACAUUGGCAUAAUCCAGACAAUCAUAUCAUUCUUCGAAGGUUCAAAAGACCCCCUCACAGGAUUUACUGCAGGUCGCACAAGAUUUGUUAUCUCAACCGAUGGACCUCUAUACUUUGUUGCUAUUAGCAAACUUGGCGAAAGCGAUGCUCAAUUAAAAGGCCAGCUUGAAGCGUUAUACAUGCAAAUCCUGUCAACCUUGACCUUGCCAACUCUCACACAUCUGUUUUCGAAUCGACCGAAUACAGAUCUCCGCAGACCUUUAGAGGGAACUGAAUCAUUGCUAUCAUCACUUGCAGACACUUUCACCAAAGGCUCUCCCUCUGCCUUAUUAUCUGCAUUAGAAUGUCUAAAACUACGGAAGUCCCAACGCCAUGUCAUAAACAACACUCUUCUAAAAGCACGAACGGACAAGCUUCUCUACGGGCUAAUUGUAGCUGGUGGUAGACUCGUCAGUGUGAUACGCCCAAAAAGACACUCACUACAUCCUAGCGACCUCCAACUCAUAUUCAACAUGCUCUUCGAGGCUGGCGGAGUGCGAGCUGGAGGCGGCGAGAAUUGGAUUCCUCUAUGUCUUCCAGGAUUCAAUAAUAGAGGAUACCUCUACAUGUACGUGAGCUUCCUAAGUGUGGAAGACGGCAAGUCUGUUGAGGACAAUGUCUCCGAGCACAAGAAGAGUAGAACAGAAGAUGAAGUCGCGGUACUACUCAUAAGCGCUGAUAAGGAAAGCUUCUUUGAUCUCAAGCAAAUGCGUGAUGAUGUGGUCAACCAACUCGAGAAAAAUGGAAGUAUGAAUAUCAUCAAAACUGCCGUUCGUCAAGGACGACCAAAAACAACUGAUAUUGCUCCUGGAACGCCGUUACGACAUUUUCUUUACAAGUCACGAGCAAAUGUUCAAUUCACGAUGCCAUCAUUCGAUCCAUACUACAACAGUCUUGUCAAUCGUCGAAGACUCAUGAACCGAUACCAAAACCUACACUCCGCAACCCACAAAAAGCAUUCCCAUCUCAAAGUCCUCCAUUGCGUCUCCCGCGACAGCAUCUCCCUUGCCUGGACAACUCCCCAAUUUGAAUUCUAUUGUGUAGCUGGUCCUCAUGCUUCGCGCGCGGGUUUGGCUCAAGGCGCCAAUAAAAUUAUCCAAUGGGUCAAGCGCGAAGAAGAACGUGUGUUUAUUGUUGGAGGCGCGGUGUUUUAG